AUGGGACUUAUCGGUACCUCUCUGGGAAUGGCCUUGAAGAAGGCGCAGGUGAAGGCGGAGAUAGUGGGCAGCGACCGGGACAGGGGAGUCGCCAACCGCGCCCAGAAAAUGGGAGGCUCCGAUUCGACCGAGACGAAUCCCCUCAGGGCGGUGAAAGACGCUCGAAUCGUGGUUCUGGCCACGCCCAUAAGGGCUAUAGAAGAGGUGAUGAAGUUCAUAGGGCCCGAGCUGGAGGAUGGCUGCGUGGUGACUGACACCGGCAGCACCAAAGUCUCCGUGCUCCAGUGGGCUGAGGAGCAUCUGCCCUCCAAUGUCAGCUUUGUGGGGGGGCAUCCCAUGGCCGGCAAAGAGGAUUCCGGCCCGGAGGCCGCGCAGGUGGACCUCUUCCAGGGCGCCACCUACUGCCUCAUACCUGCCCGGAACACAGGGCAGGACGCUCUUGCAACUGUUGUCAACUUGGUGGAGGCAGUAGGAGCCAAGCCCUACUUCAUUGACCCAGUGGAGCACGACAGCUACGUUGGAGCGGUGAGCCACCUUCCGAUGAUUCUCUCUACCGUUUUGACCAGGCUCACCUCCAGCAGUCCGUCCUGGCCGGAGAUCGCCAGGCUGGCCUCAUCCGGCUACAGGGACGUCAGCCGUCUGGCGUCCCAGGACCCGGCAAUGAACAGGGACAUUUGCAUGACCAACCAGGAUGGGCUAAUGCAUUGGAUAGAUGAGUUCAUCAAGGAGAUGUACGGCUUCAGGAACCUGGUGAAGGAGGGCGGUGAGAAGACACUGGGUAGCGCCUUCGACGCCGCCUGGGAGGCGCGGGACAGAUGGGUCCAGAACAAGGUGACGGCUCCAUCGUCGCAUCCGGCGGUGGAGAUUCCCACCACUGCCGAGACUAUGGGCGGGAUGUUCCUGGGGGACCGGGCGGCCGGGCGCGUUCGCGAGAUGAUGGAGUGGUGGAAAGACGACAACAGGAAGAAGCGCGGGUAG